GUGACUUCUCUGUGGCCGAUGGGUCUAACACUGUGGCUCGUUCCCAAUGAAACCGAGGCCCAGAAACUCGAAGCAAUCAUGGCUAUCCGCCCUCAGGCUGGGACACUUAUAAACACCAGCGAAGCUUCCUACCCUCGCUUUGAUCCCCAUGUCACACUGGCAGCGCUGCCUAGAGAUCCAGAGCCGACUCUUGAAGGGAUUCAACUUGCCCUUCCGGUUCUUUCCGCUCCGCUGAACGUUGUAUUUGACUCCAUCGAGAUCGGCGACCAUUACUUCCGCUCAGUCUAUGCUGCUGUUCGACCAAGCCCCGAUCUCCUUGCGCUACAUGGACAUAUCCAUCAGCACCUUAACAUUUCUAGCCCUCGCACGCCAAAAUUCCCCCAUCUCUCCCUGUGCUAUAUCACAGAUGACCAUGCGGCCACUGGAGAACGGACAAGGUACUACGACGCUUUAUCGACGAGGACCAGAACGGUAGACGAUAGAGUAAGAAUUGACUGUAGUCGAGAUAAGCCAGCCGAAGAGGCUCAGGAUUGGCUAGCUGGACUGCAGAUGGUGGAAAUCUGGGUUGUUCGGUGCGAUGGACCGGUCGAAACAUGGGUGAUCGAGAAAAAAAUUCCAUUGCAAAUUGAAUCCUAG